UUUUGGCUAUCUUCAGUAGCCCUCUCUCUCUCUCUCUCUCUCUCUCUCUCUCUCUCUGGUCUACGUUUAUGCCAAACAUGAUGACUGGUUUGAGCUUCAGAAGCCUCGCAUUAAUGCUUCUCAUUGCUUUCAUACUUUGGUCAUCAAAUUUUGAGACAUGCAAUGCAAGAAGAGGUAGGCAUUGGAGGCACAGCAGAACUAGUAGCGCUGCCUCUCUGUCUAAGAAGAAAGGAAAGAAUCCCAGCAAUGGAAACCACCACUAUAGUCCUGGAGGAUCAAAGCCGAAACCUCCAUCUCAAAAAGCUCCGGCCAGCUCACCUCCACCUCCCAUACCAGAAGAAAACAUCCCAUCAAGCCCCCCGCCGCCGCCGCCGCAAAAAGUUUACAAUGGUGGCGGCCAUACUGCUGCCACCAGCUUUAACGUGCUUGAUUUUGGUGCCAAGGGUGAUGGAAGCACCGAUGACACACAGGCAUUCCAAGCAUCAUGGGCAGCUGCUUGUAAAGUAGAGGCAUCAAUGAUUAUGGUUCCAUCAGAAUACGAAUUCCUUGUAGGACCCAUUUCCUUCUCUGGUCCUUACUGUCAAGCAAACAUUGUAUUUCAGCUGGAUGGUACGAUCAUUGCUCCCACAAACUCCGAAGCUUGGGGCAGAGGUCUGCUACAAUGGCUCGAGUUCACAAAGCUAAGAGGAAUUACCAUCCAGGGUAAGGGCACCAUUGAUGGAAGAGGCUCAGUCUGGUGGCAAGACAGCCAAUUUGAUGACCCGGUUGACGAUGAACAAAAACUCAUUAUCCCAUUAAAUAGCACUGUUGAAAAGAAUCCACCAAUGCCGGUAGCAAUUCACUUCAUUUCUCUUUCACUGAAUUACUUCAUGCAUUAUCUACCUGUAACUGAUCAUGAUCAUGCUUCUCCAACAACUGUGUGGCAGAUAAGAGGCGAGCUUGGGAGGACAAUGCCUAGCAUCAAGCCAACUGCACUGAGGUUUUAUGGGAGCUUUAACGUAACCGUCACAGGCAUAACAAUUCAAAGUAGUCCCCAGUGCCACCUCAAGUUUGACAACUGCAUGGGAGUGUUGGUCCAUGAUAUUAGUGUAUCAUCUCCUGGUGACAGUCCCAACACAGAUGGAAUCCAUCUGCAGAACUCAAAAGAUGUUCUAAUUCACAGCACCAACCUUGCUUGCGGGGAUGACUGUAUUUCUAUACAAACUGGAUGUUCAAAUGUAUAUAUACACAAUGUGAACUGUGGACCAGGACAUGGAAUCAGCAUUGGAAGUCUAGGAAAGGAUAGCAGCAAAGCCUGUGUCUCUAACAUCACCGUUCGAGAUGUCAUUAUGCACAACACAAUGAAUGGUGUCAGAAUCAAGACAUGGCAGGGAGGAUCAGGCUCUGUCCAGGGGGUACUCUUCUCAAACAUUCAAGUUUCAGAAGUUCAACUCCCAAUUGUGAUUGACCAGUACUAUUGUGACAAAAGCACAUGCAAAAACCAAACAUCAUCUGUCGCUUUAUCAGGAAUCAACUAUGAGAGGAUAAGAGGGACUUACACAGUCAAGCCCGUACACUUUGCCUGUAGUGACAGCCUACCAUGUACAGAUGUAACACUGACUGCCAUACAGCUAAAACCGUUGCAAGAGGGCUACCACAUGUAUGAUCCCUUCUGCUGGCAGACUUUUGGAGAGUUGAUGACUCCUACAAUACCUCCAAUAGAUUGUUUACAGAUUGGAAAGCCAUCCAGCAACCGGGUUCAAUCCGAUCACGAUUCUUGCUGAACUCAACAUUGUUAUUUAAUGGUACAGAUAGUUGUGCGGUCGGCAUGACUGCCAGACCCCUUUCACACCAUUAGUUAGUUAGGUACAGCGUCUAUGUUAUGACAAUCCUAGUUUAUACAAAUUCUUCUCUAGCAGCAUUAUAUCAAUUAUAAUUGUGAGAGUAUACAGGCAUUGCUUU